UACAUAAACAGUACACGUCCUACGAUCAUUCUAAAUUUGGUGCAAUGGCGGAGAGUGGUGAGGGAAAGCGCAAACUUCCUUUGUUUUCCGUUCAGGAAGUGCAACAGCAUAACUCGGAGAAAGAUUUUUGGAUCAUACACCGUGGAAAGGUGUACGAUGUUAGUGAAUUUCUGGAGAGACAUCCAGGGGGUAAGGAUAUUUUGCUGCGGUUCGCGGGUCAGGAUGUGACAAAAGUGAUGACUCAAGAUGAUCCACACAGACAUACGAAUUUUGCAUAUGGCUGGCUUGGAAAAUACCAGAUAGGACGCUUAAAAGGAGAGGAGGAGAACAAAGAAUAUGAUUCAACAACAAGACAAAAUCUUCCUAUGGAUGGCUGGAGAGAAGAUCUCAUUGACUGGAACAAAGCAAUCCUCCCGCAAGUGGGGAAACUUCGCGCAGACUAUCUAAGUUGGGUUCAUUCACCUGUUGAUCGCCCCUUGAGACUCUUUGAGUCUGACUUUGUGGAAGUUUUUUCAACCACUCCUUGGUAUGUUGUACCCAUAAUCUGGAUUCCAGUCAUACUGUUUGUAAGCUUCCUGGGCUUCCACAAUCUAACCACACAGAAUGGAAUUGGAUACAUCAAUCCUUACUAUCUAGAUUCCAAACUCAAAGCGUUCUCUGCAUUUUUGUUGCUGUUCCUUUCUGGCAUUUUUGUAUGGUCUUUGAUAGAGUAUGUCUUGCAUCGCUUCUUGUUUCAUCUAAUCAAUCAUGUCCCUGCUGAUGACCCAUUUUGGAUCACCAUUCAUUUCUUUCUUCAUGGACAGCAUCACAAGGUGCCUUUUGAUAGUGGAAGGCUGGUGUUUCCUCCAGUAGCAGCAGGCGUCUUAGCGACCAUCUUCUACUUUACGUUUACCUCAGUAUUGCCGCUAGCCAUGGCUAGGAGUUUAUUUGCUGGUGGUUUGUUUGGUUAUAUUACAUAUGAUAUGAUGCAUUACUACUUACACCACGGCUCUCCAACACCUGGAAGCUAUCUACACCAGCUCAAGAAAUAUCAUGUAUCACACCAUUUUGAAGACCAACAGAAAGGUUUUGGUAUCUCAAGUAAAUUUUGGGAUUAUCCAUUUGGCACCCAACCAAACAAGUCACAUGUCAAGGCUGCAUAGGAUUCCAUUCAUCACUUAUUUACUAAUUGUUAUUAUAAUAAUACAUAAUAUAAGGCAAGGGUACCAACCAUUAGAUGCUGGAUCUUGUCAAAUUCAUUUUUUAAUAUUAAGUAUUUAUUAGGUCAUGAAGUCAAGUAAUUUAUUGUAGAGGAUAAACUAAAGCAGUGUCUUUUUUAUUCUCUGUCAUUACCACACCAUGAAUUAGCCACCGUAUGUUUUUUAUUUAUUAGUGUGGAAAUUGAAGUAUCUGUCUAUAUAGGAAUGGGAAUAUAGGAAUAUUGGUCCUAGUGACUUAAAAAUUACUCAUUUCAGACCAUAACAAUCAUUCACAUUUCUAGGUUGUGGUUAGAAGGAAUUUCCAUAACACUAAUAAUGACUUAUGGUGUUUUAGGUUCAUUAAAGCCUGAUAUGAUUCAGAUAUUCUACCAUAUUCUAAUUUAAUUAAUGAAUCAAUAUUGGUAAUGAUAAUUUUAUUCAUGAAGUUCUUGGGGAUGUUUCUUUUCUGAUGUAAACAUGCACAUAGAGAUGAGUACAGUAAAAGGGAACACUUUAGUGUCAAAUGGUUAUCACAUAUUUUGAGUACAACAUUUUUCUGUUACUUGUCAGUGUUUAAUUCUAGUAAUCGAGCAACCCCAUAUUUGUCCGGUGAAAAUUCAGCGGAGAAGAAUUUCAAUCUGAUAUCUUGCUUUAACAAGUCUGUUCAAUGUUUUUCCACUUGAAAUUUUCUCAUUGGGUGUGGAAAUACACAAUUUUUUUCUGAUGUUGUAUUGCUCUUCAGUGGUGAGUGCUAUACAGACUGAGACAAAAUAACAUUAAGGGGGAAAUUAUAUUUCAUUUUGGAUUUGGAUGAAAACCAAGAGAACAUUUUGACUGUUGAAAUAGAUCUUGGUAAUAGUUCUCCCUGACAAUUUUUCAUCCUGUUUUAAUUAUCAUUAUGAUAGUCAUAUUUUGACACUGAAAGAUCAAAUCACUGUAUCUUUCAUUACCUGAUAUUUUAAUUCAUCAUUUUAAUCUGGGGACAGUGUUUAAUGUUUAAACUUUAAAGUAAUGUUGUUAUUCUUAAUUUUUGCAUCCAUUUUUUGUUUAGAUAUAUAGAUGCAAAACCUUAGGUUUGUGGUAUUUAGUGUUACUCAUAAACAUUAUUAACUUGUAUACAUGGACCUUAUUUACACACACUUAAUGUUAACCUAACUUGUAUGUUUCCUGUUGGUGAUAACUAUUCAUAGCUCGACUGUGUAGUUCUUGUGACAAGUUCUUUUUGAUAAAAACUUGUUAUGAAGUAUACAUGUAUUUAAUUUCAACUACAGAUAAAAUUCACCUGCAGUUGGGGUUCUCUUUUAAGCAGAGUUCUAAGUAGACCCUGUUCCUAAUUGAAUGUCACUGCUUUUCUAAGUCAUGUGCCAAGUUGAUUUUAGGAUGAAUGUAAGGUAAACUUGACUGUAAGAUAAUAGGAUUGUUUGUAGAUUGUUUGUAACAGCAAAAGACCAAACAUUGAAGUAAAUGUGAAACUUGGAGCAAGUUGUGGGGCUUAAGUUCGUAUGUGAAGGCUGAUAACAGUUUAACAACAGAGGCUGUUGCUAUCUAGGAAGAAAGUACACAUAAAAUGGAUGUAAAGGAAUAUUCAGUCAAAGUAACUUGGAUUAAACAGUGUUUUAUUCUGACAAUUUCACUGCAUAUUUAUAAAAUUGUAUCUAUGAUUGGUUUUGUUUAUUUGGUAUGGUUUCAUAUUGCAAUGAUAAGUUUGGUAACAUGGUUUUUUAUUUGUAAUAUCUCCAACACCGAACCUUAUCACUUGACAAAACUAACAGACUGAGUUAUCAAAUUGUAAGAUCAGCAUGCUCUUGCUCUACAUCUGGGAUAAAGGUGCAGAGGCAGCACUCACUCUAUGAUUGAGGAAUUAAUGAGACUAGCUCAAAACUUUAAAAGGGAAAAUUUUACAUUUUAAGUAAACCUACAUUGGUUAGUCAGGGCUAGACGUAAAUGGUAGCCAACUAGCCACAAACUAGUAGAAAUUCAGUUUUGGCAGUGGUUUUUUAUUUCCACUUGCCAGUUUGGCUGGUAAACAAACUAAAAUUGUUGUAGCAUCUGGUUGUGACUAGACACUUGGUUAGUAAGUUGAAAGGUUAGUGUUGUGCCCUGUUAGUACUUAUAGAAAUGGGCAUCAUUAGACUAGUGUAUUUUGUAAUGCAGUCAAGGCCAUGUUUAGAUAUGCUCUGGUUGCCACAGUGUGAGGUCAGUUGUUGCCAGAGUUUUUAAGUAUUUGUUUGAAUGAUCAGUUUUGGUUCAAGUGUAGUUCUAUAAGAAAAUGCAGUUACUCUUUUUUUGAUCCCAACAGGGCUCAGCACUGACUUGCUGUCUUGUUAGCUUCACCACCACUUUUCCUAAGCCCUGUGUUUCACUUGUCUGAACAUUAAAUAAAUUAUCUCAAUUCACUCUUA